AUGGCAACGGGUUUAAAGAUGGCAGCUCCUACUGAACGUUUUCAUGUUUUGUCUCAACUGGAUCAUUUACAAUCGAAGUACACUGGUACUGGUCAUGCAGAUACAACACGUUGGGAAUGGCUUGUUAAUCAGCAUCGGGAUACGUAUGCUUCGAUUAUUGGUAGCCGUUUCAGUUCUCCUUUCUCUAACAGCCAUCCAGAUCACCUAACUUUAGUGGCUAUUUGCGAAAAUGAAUCGAGAGCAAAAGUGCGAUUCAAUUUGAUCAAUCAGAUGAUUUCUCCAUGUGGUCCUGCACCAGAGAAAUCAAUGUUGGAUGAUUAA